AUUUACUUAAAUCCUCUGUCAGGAAAAAACGAAAUUACUUUCCUCGCUCAUUAAGUGACAGAGAUUUUGCCUAAAUUAGUAUAAAAGCUGGGCGCUCGCAACGGUGAAGCAUCAAAGUGACUUUAGCAUUCGACCUCAGCAGCUGUCCAGAAUUAGCCAAAAUGAAAUUCGCCAUUACCAUAUUAGCUCUCAUUGGCUUCGUGGCUGCCGAUGUUUCUCAUCUCUCCGGCUCAUACUUGCCUCCUGUAGAACCACAACCUCAAUAUUUAGUUCCUGUGCAACCAGAGCCACAAUAUUUGCCUCCUGUACAACCUCAACCCCAAUACUUGCCUCCUGUACAACCACAGCCGCAAUAUUUGCCCCCUGCACCAGAGCCACAAUACUUGCCUCCUGUACAACCACAGCCACAGUAUCUGCCUCCUGUUGUACCAGAACCUGAGUACCUUCCUCCCGCUCCUAUUGACACACCAGUCUACGAGGAUGGCUACCGCUAUAAAACUGUGAAGAAAUACCGUUUGAGAAGCCAUUAA